AUGGUAGAUACUACUAAUAGUGCCAAAAAAGCAAAGAAAAUUAUGAUUGUAGAUGAUGAUCCAUUUUGCACACAAUUGGUGAAGAUGAUGCUUGAGUCAUUAGGCUAAUAAGUAGAUUCAGCGACAAAUGGAAAAGAAGGUGUAGGGAUGUACUAGAAAAAUUGCAAAGGAUAUAAACUUAUACUAAUGGACUUUCACAUGCCAGAGGUGGAUGGUUUUGAAGCAACAAAGUAAAUACGUACCUUAGAAAAGUACCUUGGCAUGUAGGUACCAGUAAUUGGCCUGACUGGCGACGAUGUAAAAUAGAAUCCUGAUAUUGAAUCUAAAGCCAUGGAAGUAGGAAUGAACUAAGUUAUGACCAAGCCUGUCAACAUCCAAUUUUUGCAAUAAAUAGUCAGUGAAUUCGACUAUUGA